GGCGAGGAACGAAACGAACUGUUCAUUGCCGUCUGUAGGCUGUGGAAACGGAAUUUCAGGUAGCUAACUGUGCGAGCCGAACCGUGACGGAUUGGACCUCGAGCCCGCAACGGAGAGGAGGAAAGAGGAGAGAAUUGACGAAGACCUUGAUAUCCAAAAUAGCGUUCAGAUUUACACAAAUAUUACACUUUAGUAGCACUGAAACACAAGGCCUGCGAAGAUGGGAGACAAGGCAGGCACCAGAGUCUUCAAGAAGUCCAGUCCCAACUGCAAGCUCACUGUAUACCUGGGAAAGAGAGACUUUGUGGAUCACCUAGACCAUGUAGAUCCAGUGGAUGGAGUGCUACUAAUAGAUCCAGAGUACCUAAAAGACCGUAAAGUCUUUGUGACUCUGACCUGUGCAUUCCGGUAUGGCCGUGAGGACCUGGACGUUCUGGGUUUGUCCUUUAGGAAAGACCUCUACAUCUCCACCUUCCAGGCCUUCCCCGCCGCCACCACAGAGGAGGAGCGGAAACCACUCAGCCAUCUGCAGGAGAGACUGCUGAAGAAGCUGGGCCAGCACGCACACCCGUUCAACUUCACCAUCCCUCAGAACCUGCCCUGCUCAGUCACUCUACAGCCAGGACCAGAGGACACGGGGAAGGCUUGUGGAGUGGACUUUGAGGUCAGAGCCUUCUGCGCCAGGACUGUAGAGGAGAAAAUACACAAAAGGAACUCUGUGCGUCUGGUGAUCCGUAAGGUGCAGUACGCCCCUGAGAAGCCUGGUCCUCAGCCCAUGGUGGAGACGACGCGAUCCUUCCUACUGUCAGAUAGAUCCCUACAUCUAGAGGCCUCCCUGGAUAAAGAGCUCUACUACCACGGAGAGCCUAUCAGUGUGAAUGUCCAUGUCACCAACAACUCCACCAAAACAGUGAAGAGGAUGAAAAUUUCAGUGCGUCAGUAUGCCGAUAUCUGUCUGUUCAGUACGGCUCAGUACAAGUGUCCUGUUGCACAGGAGGAGGCAGAUGACCAGGUGUCCCCCAGCAGUACGUUCUGUAAGGUGUACACCCUGACUCCCAUGCUCACCAAUAACAGAGAGAAGAGAGGCCUGGCUCUGGACGGGAAGCUGAAGCACGAAGACACCAACCUGGCCUCCAGCACCAUAGUGAAAGAGGUGUCCAAUAAGGAGGUUCUGGGGAUCCUGGUGUCCUACAGAGUCAAGGUCAAACUAGUGGUGUCCCGUGGCGGCGACGUGUCGGUGGAGCUACCUUUUGUCCUGAUGCACCCCAAACCCUCAGACCAACACAUUUCCAGACCUCAAUCAGCCGUCCCAGAAACUGAUGCCCCAGUGGACGCUAACCUUAUAGAGUUUGAGACAAAUAAUUUCUCUCAGGAUGAUGACUUUGUGUUCGAGGACUUUGCCCGUCUCCGACUGAAAGGAAUGAAGGAUGAUGAGGAUGACCACUUCUGCUAAUUCUCCCUGCCCCAGGACCAGGCACCCAAACCUGGGGAGAGGAGCUAGGCGAGUCACUGGUCUAGUCUCAGCACCAGGCAGUAGGCCCAACUCCAGAAAAGGGGUGCAGGAGCACUCAGAUAUUUUUAAAAGCCUCUCCCCGUUCUCUUCAUAUUCAAAUUGCUCUCCCAUGUUCUUUCUCCUACAUUUGCGAUGGCAUUGUUAAUUUCAUCUCCUUCAUUUUGUCACUCCUUUUGUUUGAGAAACAGAGAUAAUGAGAGAGAUGGAGAUAUUUAAAGGGCGUGUCGAGUUAACUGUCUCUGUUUUAGGAAAUCAUUCUAUAUGUUUUGGGUCCAUUUGUUGAUUCAGGGUUGAUCUUAUAUGUUCUAUAGGUCCCACAAGCGGUCAGACAGACAGAUAUAUGUUUGUAAUUAAAAACAUAUCCAAAAUCCCCAGGUUUACCUUAAAUCCCGGUUGGAGGAUUCCGGAUUUCCUGCUUAUUCCCUUCUGAUUCUGGGAUCUUCCAACCGGGAUUUCUGGAAAAUCUGGGAAUUAUUUGAAAAUGUGGGGAAUCUGGAACUUGAAUGUACAGGACUACAUUGCUGCACAACUACUUAGAGGGAACACGAGUUUAAUAGUUUAUGCAAAUGCAUUGUUAUUACAUGGUUAUAACACUGUUAUUAUCAGUGGUGGAGUGGAGGGUAAACGCACCUAAACGCCAUUUACGCUGAUUUUUUUUUCUCUUCCACCUUUUGCGGGAAAAUGCAUUGAAAGUAUAGAGAGCAUUUACUUUACUCACCGCGAAUGGUGACCAGCGUUUACCCACCUAUUUAUUUGACCACAACAUGACGGGUCACUAUGCUACACGAUCAUUGCAGCUGUUCACUUAUCCUAAACACAAGCUCAUUAUCCAAUUUGUAAUAACUCAAUACUCUAUCCAUUAUGGCAAGUGUAGAACGAUUGCAUAUCGUCACAGUUGAGGGAGGGAGUGUGUAAGUGUAGUGCACUCACAGCGAGGAAGGGUUGUGAGUGUAGUGCGCUAAGAGUACAGUGAGUGUUUUUAAGCGCAGUGCACUUACACGGAGGGUGCGAGUGUGGUGCAUUCAUCGUGAAGAUACGCGGAAUCGUAUGUGCAGACAUUGUGGCCUUUUCUGUUAGGGACUACAUAGGAGACUUCCGGCAUCAAAACCUACACACACACACACACACACACACACACACACCCGACAUGCAUUGAUUGCCAUGAACACGAUAAAUAACUAUUCUUUUACAUUUAUGAUUUGCCAAAAGUUUAUUAUUUGACAAAAGUCAAAUGGCAUGUCCUGGUUGCAGUUUGAUUGAACCCCACCAUCGAUAAGAUUAGGGCUCAUGCCUAGGAUGUACUGAGCUAGGAUCAGCCCCCGGUCCCGUCCAUGUAGUGUUAUUCGUUAUGAUCAACCUGGCUAAAACUGAUUCAAAAUCAGCCAAUGAUAUUUUUUUGAUUAGUCACAUAUGUGUGUUCAAUGCCACACCUUGUGUGUGAUAAGCAGUACUGCAGUCUUCUGCAGGUCUCUCGAAUAUACUGUCAAUUCUGGAGAGAAAGUUUGAUGCAGGUUGACGUUUUCCCCUAAUCACUGAUAUACUGAUUAAAACAAUCUGACCGUGUAAUGGUAAAGGUUAGGAUUGAUAGUAGAGUUAUUUGAUCCUAGAUCUGUGGUUAAAGUGCAUCUUCUACCUCAAAUCUGCUAAAUUUAUCAUUGUCCAAUCUCUCAAAUUUACCAGCAUCCAACAUUGGCCUCAAUCAUCAGAAUCACCAAUGUUGAGAGGAGUGGAAAGGGCGAUGGGAGGAAAGAGGGGAAAAGCCAGGCACGGGGGAUGGGAGGUAGGGAAAAUAAUGGCGGGAAAAUAAUUAUAUUUUUAUUGUUGUAAUAAUCGCCAGAGAUAUGUGUACUUAAAUGUUGCCAUUAUUUUAAUUUUAUUCUAAAGACAUUUUAUUUUUCAUUAUUAAAAAGUCAUAAGUGAUAUAAACUAACCUUAUGCUAAUUCCCUGCUGUAUUCUCUCAACUGCUGUAAAUAUUAUUACUGUAAAUGCAACUCAACAGCCAAUAAGAGUUCACUAUAGAACACUGCAGUCCAAUAAGAGCACAGUUUAUAGGAUAGUCAGACUCCCCAAUCCAGGUUCUCCAGGACCUCUUAGUAUGUUGGUCUUAGUUCCGAACCGGUUUCACAGUUAAAAUUGUGUAAACUGAACUUUAAAAAUUCUACAUCAAAUGAAUGUUGGUUUCACAAGUCCAUGUUAAGGUCAAUAAAUAUGUUGUGUAUAAACCGGUAUAACCAGGGGCCCCUCUGGAACAGGAUAUAGAGAGAUACAGUGAAUCCCAAACCACCCCCUCGCCCCUCCCAACUCGCUCUGAGGGCCCUCCGUUGUCGCGUGUUGCUAAUGAAACUCCGAGGGUGACGAUGGAAUAAGCAAUAACCCCAUCAACGUUGGGACACACUGAAAUUAAUAAAACAAGCAUGAAAUUCAAGUGAACAAAUCCCCUCUGCCGUUUUACAAGAUAUAAACCUCAGUAACAGUUUAAUUUGGGAGGUAUUUAAUCUUUUACAUGUGUCAAGUCUUGAAAUCAGGCCAAAAAAAUAAAUGCAUGUGACAUAUAAUUAGGCACACCUCUACAUUAUUUUGUAUGAAAUUGCACAAAUCCAAACAUAUUGCAGUGCAUGUUGGGAUUGCACUUCACUCUGAAGCCUGCAGCCUUGUUAUCUGAGAGUCUAAAUAUCCCUUUACACCCUUGGAUCAUUUUCACUCCCUCAGCUUUGGGACACUUGUGCAAAUGGUGGAGGAAAGCGUGAACGCGCAAAUGGAGGAGCGAGGGGGUGAUUUGAGAUUCAGCCAUAGGCUACUGCUGUAGUAUCUAGAUUGUAGAGACCCGAUAGGAUAGUACAGAGAAGUACAUUGCAGUCAAUUACGUGUGUCUAUCAUGGUGUGUAGGUGCAGAACAAAGGUAGAUACGGAGGAUCGAUUGAUUGCAACUUGGCUCACUUAUCAGAUUGGAAAUCACUGUGUUUGAUCAGGUUAUAGAUUUAUAUAACGUAUAAACAUAAAAUAUAAAGUAUCCACCUUGUGUACAGUUUCAGAAGGAUAAGCUUCAACGACAGCAAACCAAGAGUUACAAAUUACUAAGCCAGCAAAUGCAAUGUAACAACAAUGACCACCUCUUCUUAUAAGAUGUAUUUUAAUAUCAGGGCAGAGGUGUGUUUAAAUGGAUUAGAUUGUAACUGUAGCCAUUUUGGUUCAAUGACAAGAAUGUGUUUUUUUCAUAACGUGCUGCCUAAUUCAACAACUGUCCAUGGUUAACAAGAGUUAUUGGUCACGUUAACAAAACAUUUUGUACAUUGGUUGGUUUUUACACAUUUGAACGAACCCAGAUGGUUGAGGUUGUAACAAUUAUAGAAAUAUAAUUACUAGAAAGGAAAUCUGCAUUCAAGUUAAUGUUUUGCUUUUGUGUAAAUAUAUUUCCAGGGGUGUGAUGUCAGUCACAACACAUUGGUUUUGAAGUUUCACAUGAAGGUUAUAAAGGUUCAUAAGAAGGUUACGAAGCUCAUACUCUGUUCAUGUUAUGAAUGGAUCAACGCAUGGCAUGGUAUUCUAACAAUGCACUGCAACAAUAUGGAAAAUGUUGUGAUAUUUGUGAUUAGAACUUUUAGAACCUCCAGAAACUCUUAGGGACCAUGUAAACGUUACAAUGAGCUUUUUGGUAACUCUGUACUUUAAGUGGCAUCUUACGAAGCGUUAUAAGGCCUUAUGAACAUUCACAGCACCGUAGAGGCCAUUGAGGUUUAUUAAACUGUGUAAUUAAGCAGUAAGGCCGUUAAAUUGAUACUAUAUCACAGCUAAGGCUAGAGGCCUCUUGUUUUGUUACUGUAUUAUAUUUACAUGUGCUAUGAAUGUUUAAUAAGGCAUAAGACUUCAUAAGAAACCGCUUCAGGUAGAAGUGUUACCAGCUUUUUUUUUUUUGUAAAUCUGAAUGGCGAUUGUCCUCAUGUCUAUAAACCAGUGAAGUAUAGAAAAACCUAAAGUCGAAGUUCAGUAUUUUACAACCAUGGAUUACAGUUUCUCCUGGCCCAUAGACUACUUUCAGGGUGAGGAACCAUCUCAAAUAUUCAGUAAAAUACUUAACUUCCCCUUUUUAAAAACAAAUAUUUUAUUUUUGUUCCCUUCAAUCUUAGUUGAGGUAUCUAUCCAUGGAAACGCACGCAAUCAUGUCAAUUUGUAGGCUUGUGUAUUGAGUCAGACAUUUUAUUUUAAGGACAAUUUAAGCUACCACAAAAAUGUAGAUUCAUAGAGAACUAUACUUAAAUGCUACCUGAUACUUUAUCUGUGAAUUAAUUAAAUUAAGACAAAGUAUAUUGUUAUCAAGGAAACCAAGAUGCUGUAUAAGCAAUGUUAUUUUACUCAAUAAAAUGGAACAAAAUGACAAUGAAAAAAAUGUAAGAUUAUAUAAAAAAUUACAUUGGAGAAUAUAUGUCGCUUCUUUAUUUUGUACUGCAUUUUAGAAAAUGUCAAAUAAAAAACUUAACAUACAAAAUGG